GACCCGGCCGCCUACGUCAACGUCAGCCACGCCGACUACAUGGCGCGGUUCUACCACCAGGGCAAGUUCGACAGCGACAGCCGCACGCCGCCCUUCGAGCUGGAGGUCCUGGAGGGCGCUCUGACGGUGGCCGUGGGGCGUCUGGACGCGGAGAUGGCGGGCGUGACGGAGCGUGUGAGCGCGCUGCUGACCAAGCUGCCGGGCGACAUCACGCCCGUCAACCUGGAGGAGCUGCGGCGCGUGAAGCAGGCGCUGGGCGAGGUGGGCGCGCCGGUGGCGAUCUACGCGUUUGAGAAGGAGCACGCCAUGGCUGUGGGCGUGCUGCAGAUGUCAACAGCCGACAUCCGCGGCGUUAACAAGGGCAUCGGCGUGGAGAACAUGCACCACCUCAACGACGGCCUAUGGAAGAUGCCCAACCUGAGCUAAGUGGGUUCGGCAGCAAGUGGGCCACGAGGACUGGAGAACUGAAGGGCUUGAGGAUUGGAGGAUUGGAGGACUGGAGGCAGGCAGAGCGUUGGCCGCCGGGCGGCAAGCAGCGGUCGCUAUGGUUGCUUUGGGAGGAGUUGGAUGCCAGCCGCAAGUGGCUGCUUGGUGGGGCUUUGCAAGUAGCCGGGGGUGCAGAUGACGCGCAUACAACCGAGACAGACACAGGGACGGCAGCUUGGCAGUGGCGGUGACAGGCGUGAGGCAGGCAGGCAGGCAGGCAGGAAACAGACGUGGCUGGCAGUAGCUGCGCAGGAGGCUGGCGGCACAGGCAGGCAGGUGGCGUGCUGCAACAACAAGUACAGGACCCCACACAGGGGUGGCCUGGAGUGAUAUGAGAGGAGGUGAACGUUGAUCUCAAGGUCGUGAUGUUGAGCCGUGCGCAUGUUAGUGGACGCGGUGGCCGUUGGGGCGAUCAGGAAGCUUUGGUCUCAGGCAGGGGCCACGCCGCGACCGCCGUGGCCCCGCUGGCGUGCUCACGUCCACGGAUUGGUGUGCGAUGGGACAGUGUUAAGGCAGGUUGGCAAAGUCCCGUAGAAGUCCAAGGAUAGGUGUGGAGCCGGCGGGCACCCCAGCGAGGGCGUGAGGUGCUGCAUCCGGCCGCUGAUGCUGGGCGGGUGCGACACUGCAACGGGUUGUGGCGGCGGGGCUGCGUGGGGACCGCAGAGGUGCUCGUAGCGGCGGCGCGGGAGGGGUGGUGGUGAUGGUGAUGGUGGGGGGGGGGGCGGUGGGGGCAAGCUGGCAAGACGGUACGGUGCCAGUGUUCUGGUGAAGCUUGGGUGAAUGUUAGGUGGGCCGCAGGCUUUCCGCUUCCCAUUUACCCAU